UUCGCGAUUAAAGCCAUCUUUCUCCUCCUUCACUCCUACCCCAGACUUCGAGCGUUCCCCGAUUUACUAAAUCUGCGGAAUAGCCGGACUUACUAAAUCCGGAGUCAAUCCGAGGAUUUAACUUGUCCAAAAUGGCUAUCUUUCAGGAAUCAGCUUAAAUCCUGCUCCAAUUUUUUACCAUACAGUUCCUUAGGGUUCUUAGGUUUUCUUGUAAACCUUGGGCGAUUAUGUGUUUCACCUAACUACUUCUUGAGUAUUAUUCUAUUAGAUUGCUUAGAAAGAAAAAUGAAGAAUAAAUUAGGCAUUGGUUCGGAUCCUCCACCAAGAACGUCGAAAUUUGCGCCUAAGAUUCCUGUUCGGAAACUACCAAGGCCAGCUGUUGCGAAAACAGAAACGUCAGUGAGCAAUGAUGACAUUGUUGAUAAACAACUGCUAGCGAAGUUGAACAUUUGUAAGUCAGAAGACGAAUUUGGGAGGAGAUUUAAGACUGAAAAAAAAGCUGCCCAGGUCCAUGUUUCAUUUGGAUACCCAAGCACAUCUACACAAACAAGGUCAUUUGAACCUCGUAAAGUAAAAACCCAAAGUGAAGACGUUUGUCUUGCUUCCCAGCACAAGGAGUAUGUGGAGCCAUAUGAUUACAUACACACAUAUUAUCCUAAUACCCUUCCUUGGAGGAGACCUUACUCGGGAGACCCAGAGGUUCUUAAUAGAUUGGAGUUUGGCGAGGGAGGCACGGCACACAUGCCCUUAGAUGAGAAUAAAAUUAAUGCAGCGCAGAAGUUGGGGUUUAUGGAAACCGUCGAUGAACAGAAGAUGAUCUUGCUCCAAUUUCCCACUCGCCUUCCAUUAUUCAAACCACCCGACGAAGAAAAAGCUCCGGGCAGCAAGGCGGCCGAUGCAUCGAGCAAGACUUGCUGCAGGUUGAAAGAUCUUCCAGCUGGUUUGAUGGGGAAGUUGCUGGUUUACAAGAGCGGAAAAGUUAAAAUGAAGUUGGGGGAUGUUCUCUUUGAUGUCUCCCCAGGGGCAGAUAGAGAGUUUGCAGAAGAGAUUGUGGCAGUUAAUGCGAAGGAAAGGCGUUAUUGUGUUCUUGGUGAGCUUAGGAAGCAAGCGGUUGUCACUCCAGAUUUAGAUUCGUUAGUUGAUUUAACUGAUUCUGAUGAGCGAUGAGCGUUCUAAACUGUACACAAUAGUAGAGUUUAGGAUUCUAGAUGUCUUCUGGCAUUCUGCGGAUAGGUUCUACAGGAAUGUAUGUUCUACAGGAGAAAGCCCUUUAGGGGCUGUUUGGGAUCACUUUUA